UUUCUCAACAGUGACAUAAUAUUUAGGUCGGAAAUAUAUAUUUUCGACGCAUUAACCUUUUUUCAUUCUCUUUCUUUUAAUAGUAGUAACUAAAUUACCAUUAUACCCUCAAUUUCUUGAUAUAAUCAAAUUAAUAUUAUACCCCAAACUUCUUGAUAUAAUAUCAAAUCUACCCACAAACCGGUCACUCACACGUCCCUUCAUAGAAAAAGCGCCCCAAUACACAACUGCAUAAACCGCCUCUUCCCACUUCACAACAACAGCCGCAGCAACCAGCAAUGGGGAAAAGCGAUGAUUCAAUUCAAAGAAGGAAGAACAAGAAAAGUAGAAAGAAGCAAGAGGACAAGCUGUCUAAUCGUAUUGCCGGCAUUAUUGCUGCCAAGAAACGUCGCCUUUCUGGUAAACGUCGUUUGUGUGAGGGAAUGUGCUACAGUUUGCCUACACCGGAGGAUCCGUUCAAUGAUAGGCAUGGAAAAGUUGAUCUUGUGAAAAAGAAGAAAAAGAAUAAGAAGCUGAACCAAUCGGAAAAGGGCAAGAACCCUGUUAAGAACACUAGUUUAUUACAAAAUUCUGGCAAAUUGGAGGAAGAGCUCCACAUGCCUGCUGAUCACAUGCAUGCACCAUCUAAGUUCUUAAUUCUGUGCUUGAAGAACAUUCAAGAUGGCCUUCAACAGGAUGGAGCUUUCAAUGAUGGAGAGGACAAGUCUUUCUUCGUCCAUACAUGGGGAAUAGAAUUCUGGAAAUAUUUUACCCGUGGCAAAGAUAUAAUCGGUACAAAUCAAGCCCAUUCUACAACUGAACAAAUUGCUUGGGUUGCAGCAACCGCUGCUGAUGCAAUGUCAAGAAAGGAGAAAGAAGGUCUAUCAAUUAGCAACCCUUUCCUGUUAUUCCUUGUUCCCUCCCAAGAGAAGGCUGCCCAGGUGCGGAAAAUAUGCAAGCCUCUGAAAGCUCUUGGAAUACAUACAGUGAGUCUGCAUCCUGGUGCUUCUAUAGACCACCAGAUUCAAGGCCUGAAGAACUGUGAACCUGAGUUUCUUAUAUCCACUCCUGGAAGACUUCAAGAGCUCCUCUCAUGUGGUGCCAUUGAAACUUCUGAUGUUUCUUUCCUGGUCAUCGACGGACCUCUUACUGAGGCAGGUUAUGCUGAUGCGGUUGAAUCCAUUGCAAAAUCUAUUUCUGGAAAGCCACAAAUUCUGGCUUUCAGUGACUGCUCAAAUACUUCCUCCAAUUUUCUUUCAAAGAAGAGUUUUGGAGAAUCAAUCUGUAGAAUACCGCUUGAUGAUCCAACAAAUGGUCAUAGCAUGGCUUUAGAUAUUUGUGCUUCGAAGUUGUCAAAGACAAACGGAGCUUGCUGUCCUUGCAGUUGAUUUGCCGCAGCUCCAUUCUUUGUUCGUCAGUGUAGUUCAAACUCAUCACCAUUUCAGAUCCUCUGUGUCAUUCAUCUUUAUAGAAGGAAGCUCUUUAGUUGUAAGCUUCUUUACACAUUCAUCCGCAUAAUUCUUUGUUAUAGAUGUACUCGAGUUAUCUUAUGCGGAUGGUUCUUCAAAAAGAAUGCAAUCGUUUUCAAUAUUGUAAACGUUGUUUUAGCCAUGCCCAUGAGAGUGGAAAUCAAUUGUAACCAGGGUGUGUUUUUGGGGGAUAGCUUAACUGGAUAAUUGCAAGAAAUGCAUAUACCUUUACUAUUUGAUA